GGUGUGCUUAAAAGAUUCCGUUUUGUCUGUCUUUGGCAUCGUUUCUGUUUUAUGUUUCUUCUUCGUUCAUAUUUCCCAUACCAAACUUAUUUAUAUUUAUAUAUAUUCGUGGCCCUGAUUUUCUUGUUUUUCUUACACGUUUCUUCUUCCUUUUUGCACCCAUUUCGUAACUUCCCUUCUCAUUCUUCCCAAUUCACUAUUUUCAUAAUGGAGGAUGCUAAUGUGGUUGAAACUAAAGAUGGAACCAUAGCAGUUGCUUCUGCUUUUCCCGGUCAUCCUGAAGCUGUACAGGAUAGAGAUCACAAGUUCUUAACAAGAGCAGUUGAAGAAGCUUAUAAAGGUGUUGAAUGUGGAGAUGGAGGCCCGUUUGGUGCAGUCAUUGUUUGUAAUGAUGAAGUAGUUGUGAGCUGUCACAACAUGGUUUUGAAGAACACUGAUCCAACUGCACAUGCAGAGGUUGCAGCCAUUCGAGAGGCAUGCAAAAGGCUCAAUCAAAUUGACCUUUCUGAAUGUGAAAUAUAUACCUCUUGCGAGCCUUGUCCGAUGUGCUUUGGUGCUAUUCAUCUUUCAAGGAUUAAGAGGUUGGUUUAUGGAGCCAAGGCUGAAGCUGCUAUAGCAAUUGGAUUUGAUGAUUUCAUUGCUGAUGCUUUGAGAGGUACCGGGUUUUAUCAGAAGGCCAACUUGGAGAUUAAAAAAGCUGAUGGUACUGGUGCUGUAAUUGCAGAACAAGUAUUUGAGAAGACAAGGGCCAAAUUUCGAAUGUAUUAGCUGCUUUGCUUUCGCUAUGAAUCAUGAUAAAAAAACUUAAUGAAACUAGUGGAACAUUAAAACUUUUAAAGGGAAAUUCUGCCUUGGUUCAAAUUUUUGUUCUAUUGUAUGAAUCCCUCUUAUUAAUUAUUUAAAAAAAAAACUUAAAAAAAUGUAUCAAAUAAAAUAAUUUCAAUGUGACUUAUGACAAGUAGAAUCAGAAAUCUGUUGUACUUUGGCUCUUCCACUUGAAAAGUAAAAUGUCUGUUUGGUGAA